AUGUCAUUUAAACCCUUUGUGUUGAUAGACGUACCUCCUCCGAACCUAAGUAAGCGGAGGUCUAUCUUAGAAAAAGAUUUAACAGGUUAUGAAAGAUAUUUCGAAGACCAUCAAAUGAAGACGCGUACAUCCAAUAAUACCCUUGCAGGUGUUGGAAUUUUAGAUAAAGCCGAAUGCAUUAAUAUAUUGACAAAGAUCCCUAUUAAACACAAGACUGAAAUAGAAUCAUUAAAAGAACUUUAUAAAAGCCAAUAUUCACAAUGGCAUAUUGAACUAAAGACCGGCUUUAACCUUUUAUUCUAUGGAUAUGGAUCAAAAAAGAAAUUACUUGAAGAGUUUUCAGAAGCCUAUCUUAAAGAUCGACCACUCCUUGUAAUUAAUGGAUUUCUUUCAAAGUUAAAGAUUAAAGAAAUCUUUUUACAAGUUAUUAAUGGAAUUAAUAUGGGUGUGAAACCAGGGUCACGUGAACCACUGGAGAAACUGACGGAAUUAAUUAGAGAGUAUUUUUCCGAUCCAGACCGGAAAGUUAAAAAUUUAUAUAUUAUGAUCCAUAACAUUGAUGGACAAGGUCUUCGUACGUUGCAAAUACAAAAUUGCCUUAGCAUACUCGCAGCAAGUCCCAAUAUUUACUUUAUUGCAUCCACUGAUCAUAUCAACGCGACGUUACUUUUUGAUCAAGAUCGAGCGACCAAGUUUAAUUGGAUUUGGCAUGAUAUUACUACAUUCAGCUAUUAUGAAGUAGAACCAACAUUUGAAGAUGGUCCAAAAGUGAAAAGACGUAAACAAGAAUUAAAUAUAAAAGUUGUUCAAAGUGUAUUAUCUACAUGGAAUACGAACAGACGUCGAAUGUUUAAAAUCCUGGCGAAACAUCAAAUUCAAGCUAAUUUACAUCAACAGAAGAAAACUCGCCAAGGAAAAGGUGAAGCCAUGAAGUCUGAAGAUAUUGGUAUGGAACAUGAUGCAUUUUAUAAAGCAUGUAAAGCAGACUUUUGUAUUCGCACCGAUGGGGAUUUCAACAAAUUUUUAUCAGACUUUCGUAAUCAUGAAAUUAUUCAAAGUCUUCAAUCUAAAAAUGGAAAUAAUAUCUAUUUUAUUCCUAUGGAAACCGAGGAUUUGAAAAA